AUGAUUCUUUCUUUGUUUUACAGUUUGCAUAAAGUCCUAAUGGAUCUGCAGAAUCAGCAGCUGGCCCAGUUAGCUGACUGGCUGACAAAAACAGAGGAAAGAACAAAGAAAAUUGAUAUGGAGCCCUUAGGUCCAGAUCUAGAGGACCUAAAACGACAAGUCGAAGAGCAUAAGGCAUUUCAAGAAGAUCUGGAACAGGAACAAGUCAAGGUGAAUUCUCUAACCCAUAUGGUAGUGGUGGUGGAUGAAAACACUGGAGACAGAGCUACUGCUGCGCUGGAAGAGCAACUGCAGCACUUUGGGAAACGGUGGGCAGCCAUCUGCAGGUGGACAGAGGACCGAUGGUUCCUGCUGCAGGACAUUCUGCGCAAAUGGCAGCAUUUUGCAGAAGAGCAGUGCCUUUUUGAUGUAUGGCUUACUGAGAAAGAGGAUGCCGUGAGCAAAAUUCAUCCAACUGGCUUUGAGGAUCAAAAUGAGAUGCUGACCAGUCUAAGCAAAUUAGCUAUCUUAAAAGGAGACCUAGAAAUGAAAAGGCAAAUGAUGAGUAAGCUGAAGUUGCUCAGCCAAGAUAUCCUUGUAGCUGUGAAAAAUAAAGCAGUGGCUCAAAAGCUGGAAAGUCGUCUUGAAAAUUUUGCCCAGCGCUGGGAUAGCCUUGUGCAGAAGGUGGAGAGCUAUUCUAAGCAGAUUUCGCAGGCUGUCACCACCACUCAGACAUCAGUAACACAGACAACUGUGAUGGAAACUGUAACUAUGGUGACCACGAGAGAACAAAUCCUGGUUAAGCAUGCUAAAGAGGAGCUCCCACCACCUCCACCCCACAAAAAAAGGCAACUCCUUGUGGAUUCAGAAAUUAGAAAGAGGUUUGACGCGGACAGCACGGAGCUGCACAGCUGGAUGACGCGCGCGGAAGCCGUGCUGCAGAGCCCCGAGUUCACGCUCUGCCGGAGGGAAGGCAAUCUCUCAGACCUCAGGGAGAGACUCAAUGCCAUCCAGAGGGAGAAGCCUGAGAAGUACAGGAAGCUGCAGGAUGCCAGCAGAUCAGCUGAGGCCCUGGUGGAGCAGAUGGUGAAUGAGGAUCUGAAUCCUGACAGCAUUAGACAAGCCUCAGAGCAGCUGAAGAGUCGCUGGAUUGAGUUCUGUCAGUUGCUGAGUGAACGACUGGCAUGGCUGGAGUACCAAAAUAAAAUCAUUGACUUCUACUCUCAGCUGCAGCAACUGGAGCAGACAACAAUUACUGCAGAAAACUGGCUGAAAGCACAACCCACACCAGCAGCAGAUCCUGCUACAGUAAAAACUCAGUUAGAAAAAUGCAAGGAUGAAAUCAUCAGAAUGUCAACCCUUCAGCCUCAGAUCGAACGGCUAAAGGCUCAAAGUCAGGCCCUGAAAGAGAAGGAACAAGCACCAGUGUUUCUGGAUGCUGACCUUGCUGCUUUUACCAGCCAUUUCAAACAAAUAUUUGCUGACAUGCAUGCCAGAGAAAAGCAGCUACAGAUGAUUUGUGACAGUUUGCCUCCUGCACACUACAAAGAGACAAUCAGCACCAUACUUGUGUGGAUCCAGCAGUCAGAGACCAAACUCUCCGUGCCUCAGGUUGCGCUUGCGGAGUAUGAAGUCAUGGAUCAGAGACUCAGUGAGCUCAAGGCUUUACAAAGUUCUCUGCAAGAGCAGCAGAAAGGCCUGAACUAUCUCAGCACAACUGUGGAAGAUCUGUCCAGGAAAGCCCCUUCAGACGUCAGUCAGCAGUAUCGAUCGGAGAUGGAGGUGAUCCUUGGCCGCUGGAAGAAGCUGUCAGCACAGCUGGUGGAGCAGUGCCAGAAACUCGAGGAGCGAAUGACCAAACUCCAGAGAUUCCAGAAUGACACCAAAACACUGAAGAAGUGGAUGGCUGAAGUGGAUGUUUUCCUGAAGGAAGAGUGGCCUGCCCUUGGAGAUUCAGAAGCGCUGGAAAAGCAACUUGAGCAAUGUACAGCUUUAGUAAAUGAUAUCCAGACAAUCCAGCCCAGUCUGAACAGUGUUAAUGAGGUUGGAAAGAAAAUGAAGAGUGAAGCAGAGCCAGAAUUCACUUCCAGAAUAGAGGCAGAGCUAAAGGAUCUCAAUGCUCAAUGGGAUCACAUUUGCCAACAGGCCUAUGCUAAGAAGGCUGCACUGAAAGGUGGUUUGGAUAAAACUGUGAGUCUCAGGAAGGAUUUGUCAGAGAUGCAUGAGUGGAUAACACAGGCUGAGGAAGAAUAUCUGGAAAGAGAUUUUGAGUACAAAACACCUGAUGAGUUACAGAAAGCCGUUGAGGAACUGAAGAGGGCCAAGGAGGAAGCCAUGCAGAAAGAAGUGAAAGUGAAGCUUAUUACAGAUUCUGUGAAUAAUUUUAUAGCAAAGGCUCCACCUGCAGCUCAUGAGGCUUUGAAAAAGGAGCUCGAUGUUCUAAUUGGCAGCUACCAGAGACUUUGCAGCAGGCUAAAUGGGAAGUGGAAAACUUUGGAGGAGGUAUGGGCAUGUUGGCGUGAAUUGUUGUCGUAUUUGGAUGCAGAAAAUAAAUGGUUGAAUGAGAUUGAGCUGAAACUCAAGGCAACUGAAAAUGUCCAGGGAGGUGCAGAAGAGAUUUCUGAGUGCUUGGAUUCUUUGGAACGUUUAAUGAGACAUCCGGAAGAUAAUCGCAAUCAGAUUCGGGAAUUGGCUCAGACCUUAACUGAUGGUGGAAUUUUGGAUGAACUGAUCACUGAGAAACUUGAGAAGUUCAAUACUAUGAGUGGCAAAAAGAUGCGCAAUUUAUCGUACAGAAAGGCUGUGAGAAGACAGAAGAGUCUUGAACAGAGUAUUCAAUCUGCGCAGGAGACUGACAAAACCCUUCGCUUGCUCCAGGAGUCUCUUGCUGCCAUCGACAAACAGCUCUUGGCCUAUGCUGCAGACAGGGUGGAUGCAGCACAGGUCCCUCAGGAAGCUCUGAAAAUACAAUCCGAAUUAACAAGCCACGAGAUUAGUUUGGAAGAAAUGAAGAGACGAAACCGAGGUAAAGACGCUGCCAAGAGAGUCCUUUCCCAGAUUGAUGUGGCACAGAAAAAGCUGCAGGACGUGUCGCUGAGGUUCCGCCUGUUCCAGAAACCAGCCAACUUCGAGCAGCGCCUGCAGGAGUGCAGGAGGAUCCUGGAGGAGGUGAAGCUGCAGGUGCCCAGGCUGGAGAUGAGGAGUGUUGAGCAGGAAGUGGUACAAUCACAGUUGGAUCAUUGCAUGAAAUUGUAUAAAAACCUGAGUGAGGUGAAGUCUGAAGUGGAAACGGUGAUCAAAACUGGGAGGCAGAUUGUGCAGAAGCAGCAGACAGAGAACCCAAAGGAACUGGAUGAAAGACUCACAGCUUUGAAGCUGCAAUAUAAUGAACUGGGUGCAAAGGUGACAGAAAAAAAGCAAGAGUUAGAGAAGUGCUUGAAAUUGUCCCGGAAGCUGCGAAAAGAAAUGACUGCUCUGACAGAAUGGCUCGCAGCAACCGACGCAGAGCUGACCAAGAGAUCGGCGGCGCAGGGCAUACCUGGCAACCUGGAUGCUGAAAUGGCCUGGGGCAAGGCGACCCGGAAGGAGAUUGAGAAACGCCAGGCACAUCUUAAGAGCAUCAGUGAUUUGGGAGAGAAUUUGAAGACAGUGCUGAAAGGAAGGGAAAGUCUAGUGGAGGAUAAACUCAGCCUGCACAGUAACGAAUAUCAAAAGCACAUGGAGGCUUUUGAUCAGAAUGUAGCUAAUGUCACAACUUGGAUGUAUCGUGCUGAAAUACUGUUGGAUGAAUCUGAUAAACAAAAAGCCCAGCAAAAAGAGGAAAUUCUUAAGCGCUUAAAGGCUGAGCUGAAUGACUUGCAUCCCAAGGUGGACUCUGUGCGUGCCCAGGCCAGAGACCUGAUGACAAACCGUGGGGAUCACUGCAGGAAAGUAAUAGAGCCCAAACUCUCAGAGCUCAACCAGCGGUUGGAGGCUAUAUUGCAGAGAAUUAAGAGUGGAAAGCCCUUCAUUCCUGUGAAGGAAUUGGAGCAAUUUGACUUCGAUCUACAAAAAAUGCUUGAACCAUUGGAGGCUGAAAUUCAGCAGGGGGUGAAUCUGAAAGAGGAGGACUUCAAUAAAGAUAUGAGUGAAGAGGACGAGAAGACAGUGAAAGAAUUGCUCCAGAGGGGUGAGAGGCUUCAAAAGGGAGUCACAGACGAGAGAAAACGUGAAGAAAUAAAGACCAAACAGCAGCUGUUGCAGACUAAACAUAAUGCCCUCAAGGACUUGAGAUCUCAAAGAAGAAAAAAGGCUUUAGAGAUUUCUCAUCAAUGGUAUCAAUACAAGAGACAGGCUGAUGACCUAAUGACGUGGCUGGAUGACAUUGAGAAAAAGUUAGCCGGUCUACCAGACCACAAAGAUGAGCAGAAGCUGAAGGAGAUUGGUGGAGAGUUGGAGAAGAAGAAGGAAGAUCUGACCGCGGUGCACAGACAGGCUCAGCGCCUGUCUGAGGAUGGGGCUGCAAGGGCAGUGGAGCCAACCCUGGCACAGCUCAGCAAGCGCUGGCAAGAGUUUGAGAGCAAAUUUGCUCAGUUUCGAAGACUCAACUAUGCACAAAUUCAAACAGUUCGUGAAGAUACAAGUUUUGUGAUGACUGAAACUGUGACUGUGGAAACCACUCAUGUGCCUUCUACAUACCUGGCAGAGAUCCUUCACCUUCUGCAGGCCUUGUCUGAAGUAGAAGAGCGCCUUAAUUCUUCUGUUCUGAAGGCUAAGGAUUGUGAGGAUCUCUUCAAACAAGAGGAGUGUCUCAAGAGCAUUAAAGACAGCCUGGGGAGACUGCAGGGUCAUGCAGACAUUAUUCAAAAGAAGAAGACACCAGCUUUGCAAAGUGCUACACCAAAGGAGGCAGCAAAUGUACAAGAAAAGCUGACUCAGCUUAAUUUUCAGUGGGAGAAAGUUAACAAGAUGUACAGGGACCGACAAGCGCGGUUUGACAAAUCCUUGGAAAAGUGGCGACUUUUUCAUUCUGACAUGAAGAGCUUUAAUCAUUGGCUAACUGAAACUGAGGAGAAGCUGUCAAGAGCACAGAUAGAGGCUGGAGACGUGGGGCAUGUGAAAACCAGGCAAUUUAUCCAGGAGCUUCAGGAUGGCAUUGGGCGACAGCAGACUUUUGUCCAAACACUGAAUGGAACUGGGGAGGAGAUCAUUGAGCAGUCAUCAACAGCAGAUGCUAAGGUGCUGAAGGAACAACUGGGAAGUUUGAAUAGCCGGUGGCAGGAGAUCUGCAGACAGCUGGUGGAGAAAAAAAAGAGGCUAGAGGAAGAAAAGAAUAUUGUAUCAGAAUUUCAAGAGGACUUGAACAAGUUGGUUUUAUGGUUAGAGGAAACAGACCAUACUAUUGGUAUUCCCCUUGAACCAGGGAAUGAAGACCAGUUGAGAGAUUGCCUGAGCAAAGUGAAGUUAAGAGUUGAAGAGCUGCCGCCCCACAAGGGAAUACUGAAACGAUUAAAUGAAAGUGGAGGAAUAGCACUUGGAAGUGCAUCACUGAACCCAGACAAGAAACAUAAGCUUGAGAGUACACUGAAGGAGGCUAACCAUCGUUUGUUAAAGGUGUCCAAAGAUCUUCCAGAGAAACAAAAAGAAAUAGAGAUUUUACUAAAGGAUUUCAUUGAACUUGAUCAACAGCUAAAUCAGGUGAUAUUGUGGGUAACACCUGUCAAGAACCAGCUGGAGCUUUAUAACAAAGUGGGUCAGCCAGGAGCCUUUGAUAUUAAGGAAACUGAAGCAGCAGUGCAGGCGAAGCAGCCGAAUGUGGAAGAGGUUUUGUCUAAAGGGUGCCAUUUGUACAGGGAAAAACCAGCCACUCAUCCGGUGAAGAAAAAGUUAGAAGACUUGAAUGCUGACUGGAAGGCAAUAAACCACUUAAUUCAACAACUAAAGGAAAAACCAGCAUUAGCAGCAUUGGGUCAUCUCUCUGCAGCUGUCUUAACUCCUGGUGAAACUGUUGCUGUGGAUACACAAACCAGGGUAACCAAGGAAACCACCACCUUCAAACCAGAAAUGCCAUCUUCUGUGCUUUUGGAGGUUCCAGCCUUGGCUGACUUCAACAAGGCAUGGGCAGAGCUCACUGACUGGCUGUCUCGACUGGAUCGAGAGAUAAAAUCUCAGAGAGUCAGAGUAGGUGAUCUUGAUGACAUCAACGACAUGAUCAUCAAACAAAAGGAAAUACUACAGGAUCUGGAGCAAAGACGUCCCCAGCUGGAUGAUCUAAUAACUGCAGCACAAAAUCUAAAAAACAAGACGAGCAAUCAAGAGGCCAGAACAAUAAUUACUGACCGCA